CUAAUCGGUGGGACGCACCUCCGCGAUGCAUCGGCUGCAGGUAGUGCUGGGCCACCUGGCCGGCCGGUCCGAGUCGAGCUCCGCGCUGCAAGCCGCGCCCUGCUCUGCGGGCUUCCCGCAGGCCUCGGCCUCCGACGUGGUGGUGGUGCACGGACGGCGCACCCCCAUCGGCCGCGCCGGCCGCGGCGGCUUCAAGGACACCACCCCCGACGAGCUUCUGUCGGCCGUGUUGACCGCGGUUCUCCAGGAUGUGAAGCUAAAGCCUGAGUGUCUGGGAGACAUCUCCGUGGGCAAUGUGCUUCAGCCCGGGGCCGGAGCCGCAAUGGCACGCAUCGCCCAGUUCCUGAGUGGCAUCCCAGAGACCGUGCCUCUGUCAGCAGUCAACAGACAGUGUUCAUCGGGACUGCAGGCAGUGGCCAACAUUGCUGGUGGCAUCAGAAAUGGGUCUUACGACAUUGGCAUGGCCUGUGGGGUGGAGUCCAUGACCCUGUCUGAGAGAGGCAACCCUGGGAAUAUUUCCUCCCGUCUUCUGGAGAACGAGAAGGCCAGAGACUGCCUGAUUCCUAUGGGGAUAACCUCGGAGAAUGUGGCUGAGCGGUUUGGCAUCUCACGGCAGAAGCAGGAUGCCUUCGCGCUGGCCUCUCAGCAGAAGGCAGCAAGCGCCCAGAGCAAAGGCUGCUUCCGUGCUGAGAUCGUGCCUGUGACAACCACUGUCCUCGAUGACAAGGGUGACAGGAAAACCAUCACCGUGUCUCAGGAUGAGGGUGUCCGCCCCAGCACCACCAUGGAGGGCCUGGCCAAGCUGAAGCCUGCCUUCAAGGAUGGAGGCUCUACCACGGCUGGAAACUCCAGUCAGGUGAGUGAUGGAGCAGCCGCCGUCCUGCUGGCCCGGAGGUCCAAGGCUGAAGAACUGGGCCUCCCCAUCCUUGGCGUCCUGAGGUCCUAUGCAGUGGUCGGGGUCCCUCCUGACAUCAUGGGCAUCGGACCUGCCUAUGCCAUCCCUGCGGCCUUGCAGAAAGCAGGGCUGACUGUGAAUGACAUAGACAUCUUUGAGAUCAAUGAGGCCUUUGCAAGUCAGGCCCUCUACUGUGUGGAGAAGCUGGGAAUUCCUGCAGAAAAGGUGAACCCCCUGGGGGGUGCAAUAGCCCUGGGCCACCCCCUGGGCUGCACCGGAGCAAGGCAGGUGGUCACGCUGCUCAAUGAGCUGAAGCGCCGAGGCAGACGGGCUUAUGGCGUGGUGUCCAUGUGCAUCGGGACUGGGAUGGGAGCCGCUGCUGUCUUUGAAUACCCUGGGAACUGAGGCCCUGACUGCAGGCACUACCCAGAGAGUCCUAUAGUAGUGUCUGGAGAGGGAUGGUACAGAAGCCAUCUUCGUGGGACACUCAGCAGUGGAGGGAUUUGUCACAGCACUUUAAUUUAGAAAAUGUAAUCGCAAUACGGGCACAAGGGCAUCCAAUCCACUCCUCUCAGUUGAACCAAAGACAGUGCACGUCACACGUGACCACAGGACAACAUGUUUCUGAGGGACAGUGGCCUCAUGAAUAGUGGGCAU